AAAGUGGUGUACGAUGACCACGAGAGCGAGGAGGAGGAGGAGGAGGAGGAGGACAUGGUCUCGGAGAGGAGGAGGAGGACGGCGACGCCGAGGAGACCCAGGAUUCCGAGGACGACGAGGAAGAUGAGAUGGAGGAGGACGACGAUGACUCCGAUUAUCCGGAGGAGAUGGAAGACGACGACGACGACGCCAGCUACUGCACGGAAAGCAGCUUCAGGAGCCAUAGCACCUACAGCAGCACUCCAGGUAGGCGAAAACCAAGAGUACAUCGGCCUCGUUCUCCAAUAUUAGAAGAAAAAGACAUCCCGCCCCUUGACUUUCCCAAGUCCUCUGAGGAUUUAAUGGUGCCUAAUGAGCAUAUAAUGAACGUUAUCGCCAUCUAUGAGGUACUGCGGAACUUUGGCACCGUUUUAAGAUUGUCUCCUUUUCGCUUUGAGGACUUCUGUGCCGCCCUGGUGAGCCAGGAGCAGUGCACGCUCAUGGCGGAGAUGCACGUCGUGCUCUUAAAGGCUGUGCUGCGGGAAGAGGACACAUCCAACACCACCUUCGGCCCAGCUGACCUGAAAGACAGUGUCAACUCCACUCUGUAUUUCAUCGAUGGGAUGACGUGGCCUGAGGUGCUGCGGGUGUACUGCGAGAGUGACCAGGAGUACCACCACGUUCUCCCCUACCAGGAGGCAGAGGACUAUCCCUAUGGACCAGUAGAGAACAAAAUCAAAGUGCUGCAGUUUCUAGUUGAUCAGUUCCUCACCACGAAUAUCGCCCGUGAGGAGCUGAUGUCUGAGGGUGUGAUCCAGUAUGAUGACCACUGCAGGGUUUGUCACAAACUUGGGGACUUGCUUUGUUGUGAGACGUGUUCAGCUGUGUACCAUUUGGAAUGUGUGAAGCCACCUCUAGAGGAGGUGCCGGAGGACGAAUGGCAGUGUGAAGUCUGUGUUGCACACAAGGUGCCUGGAGUGACUGACUGUGUUGCUGAGAUCCAAAAGAAUAAACCAUAUAUUCGACAUGAGCCCAUUGGCUAUGACAGAAGUCGGAGGAAAUACUGGUUCUUGAAUCGAAGACUCAUAAUGUAAGUAAACCUGGUCAUAAAUUCUGGAUGUGUUUAAAACCAAACCAUUUUCCUUCAUGGUGGAUGUCACAGAGCUGUAUCAUCAGUGUGGUAUAAAGUUUUUUAAUCUAAUGAUGAGUUGUAGUAAAGUGAAUUUCAAACCUGCAGGAAUAAGUCUGUUGACCCCCUUUGUAAACGUUAAGAAAGAAGAGAGUUCACAGAAUGCAGAAAAGGGGAUGUUCCCAGGCAGAACACCACUGGGUGUCAGUCAGCCCUUCCUUGGUUUGUGAUGGGGUUUUGCCCUUUGGCUUUACCAUAUCUGUUUGUAAAAUGGAGUAGCAAGAGCAGAACUUGCUGCAGCACUUGUCACAGCCAGUCUCCCAGGAGGAGGUGGCACAGGUCAGAGUCUGUCCUCAGUGUCCCCAGGGCUUCACGAAGCACUUCUGGGCAUCAUCAGGCCAGGUUGAAGUGGACACCAUAUUGGCCACCCCAUAGGAACCUGGAAGGGGGCGUGGCUGCUUUGUAUCUUCAGUGUCCCAGGUUUUCAAAGCCUUCUUCCAGUUCUCAGAAUUAAGUCAAACAGCAAAUG